AUGGCAGACAGUUUUUCGCUUAACGAUGCCGUAUCUGGGUCUGGAAACCCAAACCCUCAAGGAUGGCCUAGUGCAUGGGGAAACCAGCCUGGUGGGACUGCCUAUCCCGGGGCUUACCCUGGACAGGCACCUCCUGGGGCCUACCCUGGACAGGCACCACCCGGAGCCUACCCUGGACAGGCGCCUCCCGGGGCCUACCCUGGACAGGCACCUCCUGGGGCCUACCCUGGACAGGCGCCUCCUGGAGCCUAUCCUGGCCCAACAGCACCUGCUUAUCCAGGAUCAACUGCACCAGGUGCCUAUCCUGGGCAACCAGGUGGGCCUGGGGCUUACCCUCCUUCUGGACAGCCCAGUGCUCCUGGACAGCCUAGCGCUCCCGGCACAUACCCUGCUGCUGGUCCCUAUGGUACUCCAGCUGGACCACUGAAUGUGCCCUAUAACCUGCCUCUACCUACAGGAGUCAAGCCCCGCAUGCUGAUAACCAUUAUGGGUACAGUCAAGCCCAAUGCAAACAGACUUGCUUUAGAUUUCAAGAAAGGGAAUGACGUGGCCUUCCACUUUAACCCACGCUUCAAUGAGGACAACAGGAGAGUCAUCGUCUGCAAUACAAAGACGGAUAAUAUCUGGGGCAAGGAAGAGAGACAGACGACCUUCCCAUUUGAAAGUGGUAAACCAUUCAAAAUCCAAGUACUGGUUGAAAAUGACCACUUCAAGGUGGCUGUCAAUGAUGCUCACUUGCUGCAGUACAACCAUCGGAUGAGAAAUCUUAAUGAUAUCAACCAACUGGGCAUUUCUGGUGACAUAGACCUUACCAGUGCUUCACAUGUUAUGAUAUAAGUCUAAGGGGGUUGAUACUUAAAAAGAGAAUUAACGUUUCACAUUUAAUAUUCAUAGUGAGUGAAAUAUUGUAUGCAAACUCAUUGUAAUUUUUCUUAUAAAUCAGUCAUUUAAUAAAUAUUCUUAUUCUA